AUGCCAACAAUACUCAUCACAGGAGCCUCUUCCGGCCUUGGCCUCGCUUUCCUCAAACACUACAUUUCAACUACAGAAUCGGAUACCAAGAUAAUUGCCCUCGAUAUCACACCCCCGGCUCCAGAAACCUUGGCUCUGUCACCAGGUGUGCAAUUCUUCAAAGCCGAUAUCACAAACACAACCUCACUAUCCACAAUAUCUUCACAAUUCGCAAACACGCCAAUACACCUCCUAAUCCACUCAGCCGGGAUCCGCGGCCUUGUGCCAGAAAUUGUGAGCAGUCAGAAAGGCAAUGUUGCAGCAGCAGAAACAUAUCACGUCAUGGAUCACAACACAAUGAUGCGCACAUUUGAAGUGAAUUCGUUUGGAACGUUCAGUGUCAUUAAGUCGUUCCUUCCGAGCCUCCAACUCGCCGCCUCGUCACCACGUUCGGAGAUUCUGCCAAAAGUCGUCGUUAUUUCUUCCCGUAUGGGCUCUGUUUCUUCGAAUGUGACGGGCGGUGGCUAUGCAUAUCGUGCGAGCAAAGCGGCGUUGAAUUCUGUUGUAAAAAGCUUCAGUAUUGACGCCCCGGAUGUGGUAUUCUUGCUAUUGCAUCCAGGGAGGGUGGAAACGGGGCUAGUGGAGUGGAAAGAGGAAGGGGCGAUAAGUGUGGAAGAGAGUGUGGUAGAUUGCUUGAAAGUGAUUCAGAGUUCGGGGCAUGAUAUGAGUGGGAAAUUUGUGGAUCGGUGGGGGGUGGAGAUAGGAUGGUAG